CGUUGCCAAAAUAAAGGGGCCAAUUCGUUGUGGAAAAGUCCCCAGUGUGUCCCAGGGGCACAGCAAGUAUUGAGCCCCCUGCCUGGGACACCCAUGAGGGACAGGGGGGACAGUGUGGGCUCAGCCCUGGCUUUCUCCUUGCUUCUCAUCUCUGCCUCCAGCCUAGUCUCCCCUGCCUGGUUCCAAAGUGAUCUUUUCUCUUUUGGACUCUUUGCCGUGUGCACCUGGUCUGAGGGUAAUGAAUGGAACCAGACCUGUGUGGCUUACAGGACCCUGGAGGACAUGCCUGACCUGGCCUGGAAGUGCUCCGCAGCGCUGCUUCUCGGAGGCUGGGUCCUGCUGGCCUUGCGGGCCCUGCUCCUCCUCUCCUGGACCGUCCUCCCCGAGGACUUCUGCCCCGUGAAAGGGCGCAUCCCAACCCAGUACAUGCAAGCAGCUUCUGUCAUCACCAGUCUCCUGGGCCUGUUGCUUUUCCCAUUCAGUCUGGCCUCCGAGGUGGCUCGGGUCACCUGUGGCCCUUCCACUGUGUACAGCAGCGGUCGCUGCCACCUGGGCUGGGGCUAUAUCACCGCCAUCUUGGCUCUGGUCUUUACCAGUCUCCUGGCCAUCGUUGGGCGAUUCCAAGAAGACAAGACUCGGGAGAAGAAGAUUCUCUUCUCUAGCAUCAAGGAAAGGAUCAUCUUCGUUUGAGUCAAGAGAUAGAAAGUCAACUUCUUUGCCAGUGGCUACUUCCUGCUGCCACCUAGUGCCUUCUGUCCUUCCCUGCAAGAUGUCCCCAGCUGGAGAAGACCUCUGCCCAGGGAUGGGGGUUUGAGUGAAGAGUUUAAGAAGUAGCAGACCUGACCCUAGUUCACUGUGUGAUCGUGGGCAGGUCACCCGCCCGCUGCAUCUCAGUUUCCUUUCCUGCCAAAUAAUAAGUUUGGAUAAGCCUGAGGUUCUUAACCUGAGCUCCAUGAGGGAGUCCUCAGAUUUUUAGGGGGUCUGUGACCUUGGUUGGAAAAAUCUCCAUUAUUAUUUUCAUGCAUUUUUAAUUUAAAUUGACCAUUUUUAUUUUUAAAAUUCUGCCAAAAAGACCAUAGACUUCCCCAGACAGACUAUUCAAAGCAUCCAUGAU